GGUCACACAAAGAAAAUGAAUUUUUUCAAAGUGGGAAAAUUCUUCACUUUGGUGGAUAUGCCAGGCUAUGGGUUUAAAGCACCCAAAGAUUUUGCAGAGAUGGUGGAGCCUUAUUUAAGUCAACGCACAAACUUGAAGCGUACAUUCUUAUUAGUAGAUGCUAAAGAAGGAAUUCAUGAAAUGGAUAACAUUGCUGUAGAAAUGUUAGAAGAAUUUGGGAUCCCUUAUGUUCUUGUAUUAACCAAAAUUGACAAAGCACCAAAAUCCGUGAUGGCAAAACAUGUCCUACAGAUUCAAGACUAUGUAGAGAAAAAUGCUCAUACAUGUUUUCCUCAACUUUUUCCUAUCAGUUCUUUGAAUUAUGUUGGAAUCCAUGUAUUGAGAUGCUUCAUAGCUCAUGUUACUGGAAAUCUUCCAUUAUCCACUGAAUAAAGGAUUAUAUUUGGAAGUAUCUUGUUUCAAACUUCAUGCUAGAUGCUGUAUAAAUAUAGAUUAUUUUAGAACAAUAAACGCUAUGUAAAUUCAAUAUUGUUAUAUAUGUACAUACUGUAAAUAAACACAUUAAAAGAUGAAAUAUAUGACAAUCAGAUUCUGAAUGGAUAACACAAAAUCUCAAAACCAUUUUUCUUUCAACUCAAGAGUGCAAAUCUGAGAAUAAAGAAUUUAAGCUAAAGAAGACAAAUUCCAGCAGAAGAUUUAAAAAUACAUUCAAUAAUAAUUCACUGGAAUCAAUUACAAGUGAGGCAAUAAGCCUCAUUUAUUAGAUACUGUAUGUUAAAGCAAAGAUUGAAUUGCCAUUAUUGGGGUACUUUUAAUUUGUAGUAGGGUGAGUAGGAGGCUGCUGGUAAUGGUCUUUGCAGUCCUUUUCAGUUCUGUAAUUCUAUAAUUGUGAUAUUCUACAAAUUAUGUAGAUAUGUGAGGAUAGCUUUUGCAAAAACAACUAUCUAUUUAGGAAUUCCUUAUCUAUGAAGCCUGGGCAUUAGGCAGAAAAACAGAAGAAAUUAAUUUCCUUGGUUUUUUUGUACAGCAAGAGAAAAUAGAAAUAUUUGCACUAAAUUAUUUAAAAUAAAUAUAUAUAUAUAUAUUUAUGUGAAAAUAGAAGACCCAGCACAAUUCUACUGCAGGCAAUGUGGACUUUCUAAAACAGUCAAAAGCAUUCCUCUUUAAAAUGGUCAGCUUCGUUAAUAAGACUACUCAAAUCUGACAAUCUUUAAUGCACAACUUCUCUAAUGAGCACAGGCAUGUGAUAGGGCUAAAGUAUCCAAAUGGCUAAUGCUUCUCAGGCUUGCAGUUUAUUCUGCUUAAAACUAUACUUUCAACUCUCUUAACUUUCAACAACAGAUGGUUAGCAGUUAUUUCCUGAUUGCUGUCAUUUUAAUUUCCAAUCCUCUUUUUCCUAUCUAGCACAGCCUACUCUUUGUUUCUUGAAAUUAAAAUCAAAUGCAAUAGCUAAAUGAUUUAAUAAUGGCAGGAUUUUUCAGAAAGAAGUCCAGUUUGUGGAUUCAAAAAGCAAUACAGAAGCAAAUCAUAUUUAUAUUUAAAGGUAAUUGCAUUACCCUGCAUACAUUCACACAUGUACUCAUCACAAUGAAUAUUAAUUCCAGGGUAUAAUUCCAGCAUCUGAAUGCAUGCUCAGAUAUAUUAAUUUGAUAUCUCGAAAUAGUUGGAAUAUCAGGGAGACUGGUAUUCCCCAAACAUGUCAAUAUAAAUUCAUAAAGGGUUUUUAUUCUGUUAAGGGUAAAUAACAAGCUUUGAUACAAGCCUAUGGUUUUUAUUUUUUAAGCUACUCCAAAAGACUGACAAUGGCAAACAAAGUAGUGUGGCUGUAUUUACAUAACAUAUUAAGCCGAAUUUCUUGUGAUUUAUGUAGGAUUAUUACAUGAACUCAGUUUUGAUGUGUAUAGUAUUCCAUUAUUAAGCCAAACAUAGCAUUGUAUUUAUGAAACCAGCUCACUGGAUAGUGGUAUCUUAGGUAGAGAAAUCAAAACAGCAAACCUUAAUUAAUUUAUCGCUCAUUGUUACUUUUCUCUUUGUACCUAAACACUAGGGCUAUAAAUCAGGGUUGGAAAGAUUCAGAUGAUCACAAGAAGACAGCCCCGAGUAUGCCUUUUCUGUAUCUCUUCGCCACUCUAAGGCGCCCAGGCAGGUGCUUCCAAACAGAUGUGAAAACCCCUGGAGAAUACCUUCCGUCGCCGGCCAUUGUCAGGAUUACGCAUGCGUGACUCUUGUCCAAUGAAGCCGGAGGAAAAGGAGCCGAAGGCCUGUUACAGUCAUUUGCUCAAAGGCGCAUGCGUAGUUGAACGUUCGCCUUCCAUAUUGAAGCGGCGGGGGAGAGUUGCCAGUCAGAAACGGUCUUAAGAUUUUUAUACCUGGAAGGAGGUAAUUCCUGAUGCUAACAUGGCCGACGAGGAAGAAGACCCGCCUUUUGAAGAAGAUACUGAAGACACUGGAGGAGGGUCAGAUGGUGGACAGGGAAAAAGGAAACGGUUGUUCUCCAAAGAAUGUAAGUUGAUGUCAGGUUUACAAGUAAGAGUAAAGUAGAUUAUUUGCAUGCUGAAAAUACUAAAGAACUGCUGUCUAUUAGUAUAAGAAAUAGAGAUAUAUUAGUUUUAAUGAUCUAAUUUUUUAUAAGGCAGUUUUCUGUGUUUUCAUAGGUAGUAAGGAAACUUAACCCUUUUAUAGUCUCCACUUUUGAAGAAUCUCUUUUUGCAGUACACUUUUGGGAUGCCAGUAUUACUGUGAAUUAUUGAAUGAUUUUUUUGUCUAGCAUCUGUAUCCUAUCAAUCUGCAUUACUAUGUAAAAAAAUUGGUUAAGAGAUGGUUAAAUUUGAAAUUUAAUAAAAUUUGUAUGCCACCCACUCCCUUGGGACUCUGG